GUUCCGCGAAUCAAGCCGAUAAGCAGUUUAAAACUUGUAUACUUGUUAAAAACUUAUGUUAUUUAAACAAUUUCUAAUAAGUAAUAAGUUAUUUUAACUAUUUAGUUUUAAUAUUAAAUAGACUAGUGAGUUAAAAGUGUCUUGGAGUUAUAUUCAAAGAAAAAAGGCAAAAAUGCUCGUCGCCCUGUACCUGGCCGUUGGCAUGGUUAACGUACUGGCCAAAGUUAACAAUUACAAUAUAUAUAUACCGAAAAACCAAAAUAUGGAUAUACGAGUCCGUAGAAGUGUAUAUGUAAACGAAGACACAAUAAAUGAAGUCAACGAUAAACAUAUGAAAGUAAUAAAUGAAGUUGGAAUGAAUGAAGUCGAAACAAACAAUGAAAUUUUAAAGAACAAAGUGCGUGAUUAUAUUUUAAACGCAAUUGAAAGAUAUACAGAAUCGAAUUCGAAUAUAAAUGAAUUUGAAAAUAAAUACCGCGCGAUGCAAUUACCAGAGAAUAAUAUAAAAAACGACGAAUUAAACGAGAACAUUGCACAAAUAAAUGAAGUCGAAAAUAAUGAAAAAAUAAAUGAAGUUAUACCAAAUGAAGUCACCAGUGAUUAUUUGUUACGUAGCAAAAGAUAUACUGAGAAAUAUGGCAAGAAUAAUCCCGGCCUGAUGGUCAUGGGCGCAUGCUUUUUAUGUGUGGAUUUUGGAUGUCCAAAAUUCUUCACGAAAAUCGGCAUCCACUGCGUACCAAACGAUUACAAUGAGUACUAAACACUUCAAAUACAUUUACAUUUGUUUUUA